GAAGAAACCAACAAAACGUAGAAACUAGGGAAUUGUUAACUAGUGGUGGAAGUGAACUAUUCAUUAAAAGAGCAUCUCGACAGCAGCCUCGAGCUGACAGCCAAGGAGACCGUCCGGACAGUCUUGCGCAGAUUAGCGGAACUCCACUCGAAAAGCGAGGAGCAGAAAAAUGGAGACCUGGGGGGAGGCGCAUUGGAUUACUUUAAAGUGUCCCUCAUAGCAGAGGAGGCGGUGAAGGUGACAGCUCAGAUCGUUAUGUCCGACUUAGUAGAUUUUGUAUUGAAGCGAUUUACAGAUUUCCAAUUCAAGAUAUGCGAAUAUGAAAAGGAAAUCCAUAGUCUGAAGCAUUGGCUGGAGUUGUCUGGAGAUGAGCGAGUUGCAGCUAAGAAACGGGCGAGCUAUAAAGUGCAGACAGGCACACGAAACUCUGCGAGACACGGCGACCCACUUAAUGAACAAGAUGGGGAUCCUGGAACUGGGAACUGCGAACCCAGCUAUCAAUUUGCUGGGCACAGAAAGGAGCCGGUCAUCUAUGCAUUAGCCAGCUCAUCUCGUGUCAGAUCGGUUGCUCCGGCUUCAUUUCAAAAUCUCGAAUCAAUAGAAAUCAGCGCCAGAAGGGCGAAGUGGGACAAUCGAGGAGCUCCUGAACUCUCUUUCCAAAUUCCAGAUGGAAAGGCUCACUGUGGCCUUUGCCUCCUCAAUGUAGAACAAGUGACUGUGAAAGAAGCUGCAGGUGCUGACUCUGUAAAAAUUAAAGGAUUGACCAUUGGGCAAAGGUCUGAUCAUUGGAGAGACACUCAAGUGGACCAGGGUGUGAGUUCAGUUCAAGUCAAGGAUCAGGGGUUUUUGACUAAUAAGGAGCUAAUCAGUGCUAAAGAAGAGCUUUCUGAGGUGAACAUUUCCUCUGUAAGUCAAAGUGAGAUGCUCCCUGAACAGUCUUUACAAAAGAAUGUUUUUAUCCUGCAUAAGGUUGAAGAAAAUCAUCUGGGUCUAAAGGAGAGCAAUAUAUUCUCAACCCAGGAGAAACCAGACCAUGAUGUUCAUGUAAAUAGUGAGACAGUAGGAAGGAAUUUCUUCCAUGGAAAAAGCAGGGAAAACAUUCAGCAAGUCGAUGGCAUAAACACUCAUAAUGAAAGCUCAGAGAUACUCUGUGAAUUACACCAUUUCCAGAGAAUUCACACAGAUGACAAAGAACACCAUUGUAGUGAAGACCCUAAGACUUUUGGUCAUCUUGCAGACCUUAAACAGAAUGAGAAGAUCUGCUCAGGUGAUAAAGCAUUUCCAUCUACUGAAUGUGGAAAGACCUUCCCCUUCAGUGUAGCGGUCAACCAGCAUGAGAGAAUUCAUGCAAGUAAAGAGCCAUACCGGUCGAAUGAGUGUGGAGUGUUUCAGGCAGCCUACUCCCCGAAAACAGCACCAGAGAAUGGAUACAGGAGAAAAAACAGACAAAAGUGUGGAAUGUGGGAAACGCUUCAUUCAGGGCAACAAUCUUGUGUGCCACCAGAGAAUUUACCAGAGAGAAAAGCUAUCCCCAUGUCCUGAAAGCAAAAAGACUUUCAUCUUGAGUGAAAAUCUCAAGCACCGCCAGAUUAUUCACAGAGAAGAAAACCCAACAGGAUAUACUGAAUGUGUCAAGAGUUUCAGUGAAGCUGGAGACCAUAAUCCAAUUCAGAGUUUUCACGGAACUUCCAGAAAGCCAGCAAAGUUUAAACAACAACCAGGGAUUCAGAAGGGAGAGAAAGUGAAUCAGUGUAUGGAAUUUGGGGGGACUUUUACCCGAGUUACAAGCCUUAAGUGUCAUCAGAUAUUUCACAGAGGAGAAAAACCAUACCAGUGUGCUGACUGUGGGAAAGCUUUCAGUCAUGGUUGGGUUCUUAAACGUCAUCAGAGGAUUCACACAGGGGAAAAACCAUACCAGUGUCCUGUAUGUAGAAGGGCUUUCAAUCUGGCCGAUAAUCUUAAACGCCAUCAGAGAAUACACAUUGGUGAAUGGCCCUACCGAUGUUCUGAAUGUGGAUAUUUGUUCACUCUGGCUGAUCACCUUAAACGUCACAAGAAUAUACAUAUGAGAGAAAAAUGUCACCAGAAGACUCACAAAGGAGAACAGCCCUACCAAUGUGACGAAUGCUGGAAGAGAUUCAGUCUGCUUAAAAGCCUCAAACUCCACCAAGCAAUUCACGUGGGUGACAAACUGAGUGCUCAAAGAGCUCCAGGUAGGCAUCAAGAGGUUCACACAGAACAAAUAGCAUG